AUGCCGCCCAUGAGUAUGAGACAUCGCAACACGUUGGACCAGAUUAUGCGGGGUACGCACAAGCCAACGGAGGUCUCAGUAGUUUGUGAGGCCAUUGAGAUAGGUCUUGGAGGUCGCAUCAAGGUGAAGUCGAACAAGGGCGGGAGCCUGACCUUCCCCGAUGGCAGGUGUAGGUUCCUACAUCGGACGGACGUGGCGUGGGGCUGGCACCCGAAACAUGGGACUGAGGGGAAAGGAAAGACGGGCAAGAAGCAGCCGGGUAACGGGAAGAUGUUCAAAAAGGACCUAGUGGCCGCGUUGGGGCGCAAACUCGUCCGCGCCCUUGAGCUGGACGACGUCCAAGACGGGUUCAACGUCCGGAAGUGGAACCGAAUCUGCGCUCGCGACUGGCAGCGCCCUUCGUAG